CGUUGGGCCCUCAGAGACCUGGAGGACGGUUUGUAGUCCAUGUAGUGCUGGAACAACCUCCUGGUGGACCAAUAGUAAGGGAACCACACUCUGGAUCUGCUGGUCCAAUCGUCAGUCCAGCUUAUGGGUGGCGAGAAUCGGUAAUUCUUGAAGUACUUGGAAUCCGGCCAAUGGGUGUAAUUGUAACCGUGGAUCGGAUCGUAUCUGGUCUCUAAUCGGAACAUUUUCUACGACAAAAAUUCAUUCAAUACGUUCUGGAUUAAGUAAAUAAUUGUUGAUAUAAAGAACAAAUUUGAAUUUGGAUCAGUUAGUUCUGAUUUGUUGGUCACAAAUUUAUAUGAAUUGGUAUCCAAAACUGGUACAAUGGAGCCAGUUUUAGUUAUUUUACAAUUAGUUAUUGUUUGAUUCUCAAUGUAUAUGAAGUGUCCAAAAGAGUAAUGGGGUACAAAUUUAAAUUGAACUUACCGAUUCUAGUUAGCUCACACACAAUCACACCUUUCGAGCACCAAACGCGAUUCCGCAAUGAUUUUUUGCCCAACAAUCCGCCGAAAAAUUAAGCAAAAGAAUGCCUGGAGAAGGGCCAAUAUUUUUUUUUGUUUUUCUCUAUAAUAUUUCGAGCUUUCGUUGAAUCACAAUAGAGUGGGUGCGUUUAUUUUCGUCCACCGCUGAAUCACCACGAUUGCCCCACUUUAAUUUUCCCACUGUUUAUAUCUAACCCAAUUAUUUACGCGCCAUUAAAUCAACACAUUCCGCUAUAUACAUCUUAUAUUUUCGCACAAACAACAAUCAUUUGAAUCAUUACGAAUCCAUCUACCAAUAAGUGUGUGUAAACUGAUACUGCCGCAACUGCAAACGAGAAAAGAAAAAACCAGAUUAAACACGCUCACCAUCCGAUAACGGAACAAUCGAAAAUUCACCCUCAAAUCUCUGCGCAACAGGUCGUUCAAAUACCGCCGGAACUCCGGCAGGCCGAGAUAAAUCCGAUAAUAAUCCGGCCACGAACCGUAAUAAUCCAACGGCCCGUCCAUCUUGUAAUCGGGCACGUCUACCGGCACGUACCUCGAAUGAGGCCAGCCGGCCGACUUGACUACGCCGUAUACCGGCGCGUAGUGUAUACCGAGCAUCGCUGAAACAUUUUUCUUCGUGUAGCUUAAAUAAACUGCUCGACAAAAAAGUUAAGGAAGUUCGCAAAUUUCGCGAUUAUUUCAAAAGUUGCAGACUUUUUGAUCGCCAAAUUUUCAAAUAUGCGAAAUUAAAUGUUUUCUCUCAUAUCUAAGUGGAUUUUUGCAACUGCAACCUGCUACUUUUAAAUUAAUCUCAAUGUUUGUGAACUUCCUUAACUUUUGUGGAGCAGUAUAUUAAUUUAGUGCGUGAUUGGUUGACUCACUUGUAAACUGUGUGAAUAAUUCACUUAUAAAUUUGAUGUAAUAGGGAAUUCGAGAGUCGAUCGAGUGUGGUUGAUAAGUAGCGAGAUACUGUGCAAUGUUACCUGGAUUAGAUCCAGAUAUAAUAUUUGCACCUUGUUGAAAAUAAAUACUGUAUAGGUGAUAAAACCUACGCGUUUUGGCGAAUAUUCGAAACGAGCGUGUAUUAAUUCCACAAUAAUCUAGUUACCUCUUUAUUGAAUAUUUAUAGAUAUAACAAUAUAAUAACAGGAGAUAAUAUUACCAAUAGGUGUGUACGAAUUUGUGCCUUUGUAUCUGCAAUAAUCGAUUUAAUAAUAAUUUUAUUAUAAUUUUAUUGUACUCACAUCCAAAUCUCUCAUUAGUAUAUUAUUCAAGUAAUGCCUGAAUUCGGGUAAAUGACGAUACGCCUGGUACCAUUCCGGCCAUUUAUCAUACUUAUCUAACGGUCUAUAAGUACUAUAAUUCGGCACGUAAAUCGAAUGGUACUUAGUGUAAGGCACGUGCUCGUAAUCCACGACCCUUUUGUGGGGUAUAUAGGGGGUUUGGAGAUCGUAUUGAAGGUUGUACAUCGUCUAAAAAAACGGGGAAUCCCGCGGGAUAUUAUAAUCGAGGGGGCAAUUAAAAACGUUCGCUACUUACCGAGGACUUUUCGAACAGAUUUAAGCACGAUCUGCAAGUGGCAACAGCGGUUAUAAAUACUUGGAGUUUUUCUGUUUACAUGGCUAGAUAUAUAGGGAAUUUGCUGGAACGGUUCCAAGGGAUUUCGCGCGAUUAAUUUGAUAUUCGCGAGUUAUUUCGGAGGUUCCAAGGAUUUUUACCUGGUUUAAGGAGGAUUUUUUGAAGGUUUGUGCUGAUUGUGCAUCUUUUGUGUGGCAGAAUAGAAAUAUGAUGAUUUUUUUUUCAGUGUAGCGAAAUUCAGAAUUGUUAUUACACUGGGAAUAAUGGUUUGUUUCGUUAAACUUAUUAAUUAUCACAAUAAAGUGGUUAAUUUUGGAUUUUUCAAAUACGCUUUUGCUUAAUAUACAGUACGAGACAUAAACAUGUUUUAAAAUUGCUUUGUUAGAUCACCCUGUAUUGAUGGAGAUACGGCUUUGUCAAAAUAAAAAGGAGCUCGAAAAAAAUCAACGAAUUUAUUCAAACACUUCCAAUAACAUUUUAAAAAAAUUUUAGAAAAUUUCGAAUUAUAUACAAAAAAAAACAAACCAACAGUCAAUGGACGUAAUCAAAUCAUCUUGAAUAAUACACGUAGUUUCUGACCUACAAAAAUUCAUUCAGUCCGAUUAAAACGCUCAGAAAAAAAAUUUCAUAUACGGAAAUUUACUUACACUGCGCAGCUCCUUGCUCAAAAAAUGCCUAAACGGCCUGUUGGGUAACCAAACGCGGUAUCUCCACGGCCAAUCGAAAUAAAAAUCGUAAGGUCUAUGAAUUCUAUAAUCGGGUACAAACGUGGUGUCGUACGAAUAAUCGUACCCGUGUACAGGGUCGUAUCUUAAUUUAAGCAUCUUCUGCAAACGAAUUUAUAAUCGCGAUUAAAUCGAUUAAUUUAGAGCGAUUCAAUUCGAUAACUCUCUACCUAGUAAACAAGUGUUGAUCUGUAUGUUUCGGAAAAAUAAAAAAAAAAAUAUUGUAUACGAGGGGAGAGAGAUAAAUUGAAUCGAUGCACUAUAGAUAGUGAUUUUGGGUGUUUCAUUUGAAUAAAUCCGACUCACCGGUGUGUAAAAGACGUCGCACAGGUAAAAAAGCCGAUGGUUAACUGUAGAUGAAAUUUUCGAGGCGAUUUUCGAAUUGGUAACAGGCCAACUAAAGCGAGGCAGUGACACACUUUUCGAAUUUUCCGAAAUAUCCACUUUCAGUUAGUCAUAAAAUGAAAAAUCGCUUCUAUUUCGGUGCGCGUGGGCACCGCAUUUGCACGAUAACAUCUUCGAAAAUAAUACCAAUUUACUUAUUUCGAUCUCUCAAAAUUCUAAUUAAUCGCAAGUUCUUCCGACCCGGCGCAAGAACUGGCAACAGCGGAAAUUCACGAAAUAUCCAAGUAAACUACAACUCUAAUAAAUCAUACUUAUAAUUUCGAAAUAUUAACAGAGUUUAUUCUUAAUUAUAGUAUCGUUGAUGAUAGAGCACGUUUCUGGUCUGAAAUAGCGAAAGAAAAAAAACAAACGGUGAGUAAUUUUCCUCGGAAAAUUGAAAAACAAAGGGAAAAAAUCUUACUCGUUGUAUUCCGAACGGAACGCUCGAGGGCAUGUGGUCGAAAUGUAAUCUCAAAUUUUUGUAGGGCACCCAAAUUCUGGAAGAGUAGGGCCAAUCGUAAUAGGAGCUCUGGUGCCUUUGGAUUUUUUCGUCGCAAUAGAAUCGAUAAUCCGGGUAGUAAACGUAGUUGUAGCCUUCGCCCGGGUAGUACUUUAUUUGUAGCAUUUUUUCUGGAAAAUUUCACGACUGAAAGUGUUUAUCCCCAUUUGCGAGCGAAACUAAAUUUAAUGCGCCCCGUCUGCUGGAUUGCCAGCCGGGCGACUUCUAAUCUCAAUUAUACAUUCGCGCUCGCUUCACUGGAAUACUCCGAUUCUUCGUAUAUAGCGAAUAAUGCUUAAUUAACCCGUCGAAAUUAAUUUACACCGACACAGCGCAUUAGAGCUAAUUGCCGAUGAGUUCGCUACAAAAAUCCCACUUCUGAUUUUCGCCUAACGGGAGAAUUAACUCUAUUUGAAACUAUGCGUAUUUUAAUUAAAAGUUUUCGCCGUCUAACGAACGUUAAGUCACUUUUAAUUGAAAUUUACGUUGAAAAAAAGCGCUCGCAUUGUAUACGUAAUCGUACACGUAACGUUGUAUUUAUAGAAAAGCAUCAUAAAUUUCAUAACUUACUCGAAUACGAUUAAAAUAUGGGGAACUUAAAAAGCACUGACUCGUUGACGAACAAUUGUUACACGAAUGCAGAAGAUGAUUAUUUGUUUGGCCCUCUACCAACUGUUACAGUAGAUAAUUAUAGAAUUUUUGUAAUCAACACUGCACAAGUAUUUUUAGUUUGUUUUAUAUAAAUCAGCCGCUGAUGCUAUUCGAAAUGAAUACAAUUUUUCCUUCAUUUAGACAUUUUUUUAUACAUUGUGGAAAUACCGCUCGAAAGGAAAUUUCAUCGAGAAAUCAUUUCACUCUAAUAUCUACAAUCAAAAAGGAAACGAGCGAUUCCAAAUAAUAAACGUCCAAUCGAUCAUUUUCACGCCUCGAAAACUUCUCCUCUUUAAUCCCCUCGCGACGAGCCAAGAAGUCCGUUUUCGAGCCAUAAUGGAAAAUAAAUUCCGCGAGUGUUUGUUUUAAAAUCGAACUCGCAUCGAAUCCGCUGGAAAAGCAUCGAUGAAAAACCGCGAUUAUCGCGAAACAGAUUGAGAAAUCGCCCUGGCAAUCGACCAAAUCCCACUCGCUGGUAUUGCCAGUAUUUACCUGUCUACUGGCACACGCUGAAGUGCCUACUAGUCGCGUUAUUUAUCAAACGAAAAUACGAAAAUGCUGAAGCUCCGAUACGAUACUGAAUACGGCAGCAGGUAUCAAUAUUUGCUGGCGCCCGCGACGAAAUUCUAUCUAGAUUACAGCACCCUAGACACGCGGGACGCGUUCGAACCGGCCCGUUAUCGAUACUGGUACCCCCAUUACUGGCCCUCCCAUCUCCUGGAGUACAUCCCCACCGAGCAUUCGCUGCGGAAGCUGCGAGUCAAGAAUAAUUUGUACGAUUUGAGGACGUAACUCCACACAUAUAUUUCUACGAGAUUCUAUAUACAAUGUAACUGCUUGAGGUAACAAUAAACUAUUACAAAUUGAGGCUGUAUAAAUUGUUCCGCACCUAAAACAAUAUUUUUUGAGUGACAACUCGAGCGAUAUUUCACAAUAUUUUUACCCUUAAUCGGCGCAGAUGGUAUUCGGUGGGCCACAAGUCCCUCAUGUGCCUCGGCCAGUAGCUCUUUAUCCAAUAGACCGGCCUCAAAGGCCAAUUAACGCCGAACAAAUCGUCGUAAUAAUAUUUGGAAUCGGGGUAGUAAACAACGUCCCUGCCGUGUAAAUGGUUGUAUUUUAAUUUCAACAUAUUCGGGCACGGUUUUCGCGCGAUUGUGUGCGAAACAAACGGUCGAUCAGAUCGGACUGCACCGAUUUUUGUGUAUUGUUUCGAACAGAAACAGGCCCGGGAAUGUUUUACAAGUUUGCCAAAAAAACUGCCUAUAUUUAAUAGCGCGACAGAUUUA